AUGACUCUGAUGGGACUUGUAUCUUCUGGCCACAAGCGGGGCUGGUUUGGCUCUUCUGAAGCGGGCAGCCGCGCCUCCGCAGACGAUGGCAACAGAUCCGACCCCGACCAAGAUACUCAAAUCAUGGAGCCCGAUCAGGGAAACGUCCUGUCGCACAUCAUUUCGCAGCUUCGCCCUGGUGCCGACUUAAGCCGCGUCGUCCUUCCUACCUUUAUUCUUGAGCCGCGCAGUAUGCUUGAGAGAAUAACAAAGUCGGUCGCCCACAUAUACCGUUUCUUCCUUUACCCGCUAACCCCGCCUCGCAGCUUCAUGUGCCACCCAGAAAUGCUGCUGCACAUCCCCACCAUAGACGAUGACGUCGAGCGCUUCGUCUCCGUCGUCAAGUUCUACCUCAGUGGCUGGCACAUUCGUCCGCCGUGCGUUUUUAGCCUCGCCCCUGCACACGAUUUAUCUCCCGCUAACAUCGUUUCCAGAGGCGUCAAGAAGCCGCUCAACCCUAUCCUCGGCGAGAUCUUCUCCUGCUACUGGGACCUGCCCGACAACAAAAAGGCCUACUAUAUUUCCGAGCAGACAUCGCACCACCCGCCCAAGUCAAGCUAUUUUUACAUGGCCCCAGACCACCAUAUUCGCAUUGACGGCACCCUCAAGCCCCGCAGCAAGUUUCUCGGAAACUCGGCCGCCAGCAUGAUGGAGGGCAUCGCCUUUUUGAGCCUCCUCAACAGAGGCAAGGACAAGACCAAGGGCGAGAGAUACCACCGCAGCAUCGUUACGCAGCCUAACAUGUAUGCCCGUGGCAUCCUCUUUGGCAAGAUGAAAUACGAACUCGGGGACCAUAGUUUUGUUCGUUGCCCCGAACUCGAUCUUACAGCCGACCUCGACUUCAAGACCAAGGGCUGGGUAAGCGGCACCUACAACGCCGUGGGCGGCGUCAUCAAGCGCGAGAGUACAGGCCAAGUGCUUUACGAAAUCUCCGGCAUGUGGCAUGAGGAAAUGUUUCUGAAGAAUGUUGCCACUGGCCAACGCGAAAUGUUUUUCGACGCCACACACGCAAAACCUAGCAAUCCCCAAGCUCGGCCCAUUCCUGAACAAGAAGAGCGCGAAUCCCAAAGGCUUUGGGAGUUGACGGCUAAGGCCGUCAGGGAACGUAACCACGAAUUGGCCACCGAAGAAAAGACCAAGAUUGAGGAUCGCCAACGCGAAGAGGCUGCCGCUCGCGCCCAAGAAGGCAAAGAAUGGCGUCCGCGACUCUUCCGCGCCGUCGAGCCCUCUGUCGAAGAGUCUGAGCAGGGCGAAGAUAGUCUCGAAUGGAUCAUCAAUGCUCAUAUGUGUUAUAGUGACAAUUCGGCCUCUCCUGAGGAUAAAAAGAAGCAAAUCCUCUCCAUAUACCCCAUUCUACCUGGACAAAACGCUGGCCAGGUACCAGCCACCUCUCCCAGCGACGCGGCGCCCGCCCCUGAAGCCGUCAAAGCUACCCCUGAAGCCGCCAAAGCUGCCCCCGAAGCUCUUUCCAACAACCUUGUUGACAUCGGUGGCAACGAUGCGCCCGCCCCACCACCCGUCAAGCCGGCCGACGACGUCGAGACCAUGCUCAAGGAGACGGGCAAGCCUGCUGAGGGAUCGCUGAUUGAUUUGUGA